GAGUUGUAGUCCGUAGCUCCGCCCUCCCGGGCCGCGCCAGGGCUGCCGGGAAGCGGCGCCAUCAUGGCGGAUCCGCCGGAGGAGGCGGGGGGCGGCCCGGCCGCCGGGCCGGGGGUCGCGGGGCCCCCCCGGGGGCGGCAGCGUCUGGAGGCGCUGCUGAACCGCAGCCUCCGCAUCCGCAUGUCCGACGGGCGGACCCUGGUGGGGGCGUUCCUGUGCACGGACCGCCAGAGCAACGUCAUCCUGGGCUCAGCGCAGGAGUUCCUGAAAGCUGCAGACGCGUUCCCGGGCAGUGAACCCCGAGUUCUGGGGCUGGCCAUGGUCCCCGGGCACCACAUCGUGUCCAUCGAGGUGGAGCCCCCCUACCCCUGAG